GACGCGGUGACGCGCAGCGCUCUCCGGCGGUGGCCGAGGUGGGAUUUGGACGGGGCCGGGACAGGACCGGCGGGGCCGGAGCGGGGCCGGAGCGGGGCCGGGCCGGAACCAGAGCCCCCGCACCGAGCGGGACGGGCCCGCCACGACCGGGGGAGCGCACCCGAGCCCUGCCGGCGGCUCUCCCUUCAGCCCUGCCCCGGCCCCCCCGCAUGGCGCGGCCCUGAGAGGAGAUGACUGACCAGGAGAACAACAACAGCAUCUCCAGCAAUCCCUUCGCCGCCCUCUUCGGCUCCGUCGCGGCCGCCAAGCACUUCGCCGCCAUCCAGAAACAGCAGCAGCUGCGGCAGCUGACAGGCGAGGAGACGUCCAUCAGCCAGGAUGACUCUGACAACAGCGUCUCCGAGAGCCUGGACGACUGCGACUACUCGGUGGCCGAGAUCAGCCGCUCGUUCCGCUCGCAGCGGGAGCUCUGCGAGCAGCUCAACAUCAACCACAUGAUCCAGAGGAUCUUCCUCAUCACCCUGGACAACAGCGACCCCAGCAUGAAGAGCGGGAAUGGGAUCCCGGCGCGCUGCGUCUACCUGGAGGAAAUGGCUGCGGACCUGGAUGACCAGGACUGGCUGGACAUGGACAACGUGGAGCAGGCCCUGUUCACCCGCCUGCUGCUGCCGGAGCCCGGGAGCCACCUGAUCCACAUGACCUGUGCCAGCACCCAGAACCUCUCUGCCGACCGCGACGCCGGGGAGCGGCACAUCCUGCGCUACCUCUAUGCCUGCUUCCGCAGGGCACGGGAGGAGAUCACCAAGGUUCCAGAGAACCUGCUGCCCUUCGCUGUGCGCUGCCGCAACCUGACGGUGUCCAACACCCGCACCGUGCUCCUCACCCCGGAGAUCUAUGUCAACCAGAAUGUGUACGAGCAGCUGGUGGACCUGAUGCUGGAGGCACUGAGGGGGGCACAGUUUGAAGACAUGACAGAGUUCCUUGAGGAGGUCAUAGAGGCCUUAACGAUGGACGAGGAGGUGCGGACGUUCGGGGAGGUCAUGGUUCCUGUGUUUGACAUCCUGUUGGGGAGAAUCAAGGACCUGGACCUCUGCCAGAUCCUGCUGUACACAUACCUCGAUGUGCUCCUCUACUUCACAAAGCAGAAGGACAUAGCCAAGGUUUUUGCAGGCUACAUCCAGCCCAAGGAUCCCAGCAAUGGGCAGAUGUAUCAGAAGACUUUGCUUGGUGCCAUUUUAAACAUCUCCUGCUUGUUGAAGACCCCUGGCGUGGUGGAAAACCACGGCUACUUUCUGAAUCCAUCCCGAUCCAGCCCACAGGAGAUCAAAGUGCAGGAAUCCAACAUCCAUCAGUUCAUGGCCCAGUUCCAUGAGAAGAUCUACCAGAUGCUGAAGAACCUGUUGCAGUUGUCUCCAGAGACAAAGCACAGGAUUCUCUCCUGGCUGGGAAACUGCCUCCACGCGAAUGCGGGCCGCACCAAAAUUUGGGCUAACCAGAUGCCAGAGAUCUUCUUCCAGAUGUAUGCCUCAGAUGCCUUCUUCCUCAACCUGGGGGCUGCCCUCCUGAAGCUGUGUCAGCCCUUCUGCAAACCCAAAUCUCCGAGGCUGCUAACCUUCAACCCUACCUACUGUGCCCUGAAGGAGCUGAAUGAAGAGGAGAGGAGGAGUAAGAACGUACACAUGAAAGGUUUGGAGAAAGAAACAUGUUUGAUCCCUGCUCUGAGUGAGCAAGAGCCGGAGUUUGCAAACAGUUACAACCUGGUGACAGAAAACCUGGUGCUCACACAGUACACCCUGCACUUGGGGUUUCACAGGUUGCACGAUCAGAUGGUAAAGAUAAACCAAAGUCUUCACCGCCUUCAAGUGGCAUGGCGAGAAGCUCAGCAGAGCUCCAGCCCUGCUGCUGACAGCCUCAGGGAGCAGUUUGAGCGCCUCAUGACCAUCUAUCUCUCCACCAAGACGGCCAUGACGGAGCCACAGAUGCUGCAGAACUGCCUGAACCUGCAGGUGUCCAUGGCAGUGCUGCUGGUGCAGCUGGCCAUGGGGAACCACGGGACAGAGCCGCUGGAGCUGAGCUUCCCGCUGCCCGAGGUGGAGCACAGCGCGCUGGCCUACGUGCCAGAGUUCUUUGCUGAUAAUUUGGGUGACUUCUUCAUUUUCCUGCGGCGUUUUGCUGAUGACAUCUUGGAGACUUCAGCUGAUUCCCUGGAGCACAUCCUUCACUUUGUUACUGUUUUCAUGGGUGAUGUGGAGAGGAUGAAAAAUCCUCACCUGCGAGCCAAGCUGGCAGAGGUGUUGGAAGCUGUGAUGCCUCACCUGGAUCAGGCCCAGAACCCGCUGGUCUCCAGCGUGUUCCAUCGCAAGCGGGUGUUCUGCUCCUACCAGCAUGCUGCCCACCUGGCCGAGGCGCUCAUCAAGGUCUUCGUGGACAUCGAGUUCACAGGUGACCCACACCAGUUCGAACAGAAGUUCAACUAUCGCCGUCCCAUGUACCCCAUCCUGAGGUACAUGUGGGGCACCGACUCCUACCGGGAGAGCAUAAAGGCUUUGGCUGAUUAUGCCUCAGAGAACCUGGAGGCAAUGAACCCCCCUCUCUUCUUGCGCUUCCUUAACCUGCUCAUGAAUGAUGCCAUUUUCCUAUUGGAUGAAGCCAUACAGUACCUCAGCAAGAUCAAAGUGCAGCAGAUUGAGAAGGACCGGGGCGAGUGGGACAGCCUGUCCCCGGAGGCUCGCCGGGAGAAGGAGUCCAGCCUGCAGAUGUUUGGGCAGCUGGCACGCUUCCACAACAUCAUGUCCAACGAAACCAUCGGCACUCUGGCCUUCCUGACCUCAGAAAUCAAGUCCCUGUUCGUGCAUCCUUUCCUUGCUGAGCGCAUCAUCUCCAUGCUCAACUACUUUCUGCAACACCUGGUUGGGCCUAAAAUGGGAGCUUUGAAAGUGAAGGAUUUCAGUGAGUUCGACUUCAAGCCACAGCAGCUCGUGUCUGAUAUCUGCACGAUCUACCUAAACCUUGGGGAUGAAGAAAACUUCUGUGCCACAGUCCCCAAGGACGGCCGCUCCUACUCACCGACACUCUUUGCCCAGACCGUGCGGGUUCUGAAGAAAAUCAACAAGCCUGGCAACAUGAUAGUGUCUUUCAGUAACCUGGCUGAGAGGAUCAAGUCUCUUGCAGACAGGCAGCAGCAGGAAGAGGAGACGUAUGCAGACGCCUGCGAUGAAUUCCUGGAUCCCAUCAUGAGCACGCUGAUGUCAGACCCCGUGAUCCUGCCUUCCUCCCGCGUCACCGUGGACCGCUCGACUAUAGCCCGACACCUCCUCAGUGAUCAGACGGAUCCUUUCAAUCGGAGCCCACUCACUAUGGACCAGAUCAGACCAAACACAGAGCUAAAAGAGAAGAUCCAGCAGUGGCUUGCAGAGAGGAAAAAGCAGAAGGAGGAGCUGGAAGACACGCUGAACUGAAAACCUUGAUCUUGUUCCCAGCCCUCCCUUCACAGGCAAGAUCAAUGCCAUGCAGGGGAAAUGGCUGGAGCUGCCACCCUGACGACGACCACAUUUAGUGCAUUGCCACCACCUAUCGAGUCUCUCCUUGGACCUUCCCUUCCAACCCCUGUUCUCUCUUUUCCUGUUAAGACUCACUGUUUAAGACUGAGACUUUCCACUGCACUACAGCUUUGAGCCUCUGCCUCGGGGCAAGACCACAGCCUCUUCUUCAUGGCCUGGUGCCCCAGCCUUCUAUUACCUGUUCUUUGUGUUGGCCACGUUCUUUUCCAGUGACACCAAACGCCUCCCUCUGUUCUUUUCUGUGUUUAAACUGUAACCAUCCGUUCACUACCUGAAAGUGAUGCCUCCAGCUGCCCCCAGGGUAGGACAUGGGGAGGGACUGGAAGGGGACUGUUCACCACCUUGUAAAGGCCAGGGGUGUAGAAGGGUGUACUUCCCAAGUGAUCAUUGGGAACGGCAGGCGUUGGAAAUAAAACAUAGAGAUGAUCUUAAA